AUGGGAAGGUCUCCUUGCUGCGACGAGAAUGGGCUGAAGAAAGGUCCAUGGACAACCGAAGAGGACAAGAAGCUGGUGGAUUUUAUUCAGGCACACGGCCAUGGAAGCUGGAGAGCUCUCCCCAAGCUCGCCGGGUUGAAUAGGUGCGGCAAGAGCUGCCGGCUGAGGUGGACGAACUACCUGAAACCUGAUAUCAAGAGGGGGAAAUUCUCUCCGGAUGAAGAACAGACCAUUCUCAAUCUCCAUUCCUUUCUCGGCAACAAAUGGUCAGCAAUAGCAAGCCAUCUGCCAGGGCGUACAGACAACGAGAUAAAAAACUUCUGGAACACCCAUCUCAAGAAGAAACUUAUCCAGAUGGGAUUCGACCCGAUGACCCACCAGCCGCGAACCGACCUGUUCGCCACGCUGCCUCAACUCAUGGCCCUGGUCCAGCUCAAGGACCUCCUCCUAAUCGACCACCCACUGGACCACCAAACAACGAGACUACAGGCCGAGGCUCUCCAGCUCGCCAAGCUCCAGUACGUCCAGUACCUCCUCCAAUCCUCCUCCUCCACGUCAUCAUCAUCAUCAAACCACCAAAACGGCGUCGUAUCUUCCACCGCCUCCGCCGACAUAGAACUCAUCAACCUCCUCAAUUCUCUCCCUAACCAACAACUUCUUCAUCAUCAUCAUCAGUUCAAUAAUUCCGAGUUUAGUAAUAUGAUCACUUCUUCUACUUCCAUGGCGGCCACUCAACCACUCCACCACCAUAACCAUAUUCUACUCCCUCCUUUGUGUGACCCACAAGAGGAAGAAGAACAAGUCCCUUUCCUUACACAAACAACUACCACAACCACUACAGCGACCAAUGGUAAUGACUGUAAUAAUAAUAACGAUAUUAAUAAUAAUAAUACUAAUCAUAAUAAUAAUAACGAGAUGAUGAACUCGUGGCCGGUGGAGGUUCUGCCGUCGCCGCCGCCGUCUUCCCUCCCUCAGACCUCAAUAAGCAACCCGACGGCCGGCGGCGGGGAGGGUACUAGCAGCAGCAGCUCUAGCUACGCCGGCGGGGUGACUUCCUACAAUUGGACCGAGCUUUUCCUUGAUGAACCUAUUCUCAGCGAGAUUUCCUUGUGA